UUGUUAAAAAAUCAAGUAAAAGAGAUCAUAAAUAUUGAAGUCUCUAUCAGCACUUAACUUUUUGAAAUAUAGCAGUGUAUUGAACAAUAUGGGAAGAUUAGCUGAUAGCAAAUGGAAAACCGAUGAUCUUAAAAAGGUCAAACGUGUAAACAUUCGUUAGUUAACUUUGUGGGUCUGCUGGAUGACCCAUAGGGCGCAGGAGGUUUUAUCUUUAUGUUUAUCAAUGAAUUGGGAUUAUUGUUUAUUGAAAAAUUGAGUGAUUUUUAGUGUCUUAUCAAAUUUGACCAUCUAAACAUUGUGUUAAUUUAAUAGGACUUGUUCAUAUAUUGUUUACAUGACAAAUAAAUGAAUUUACCAACUUUUUGUCACUGAUUGAAAAUAUAAAACAACCGUACCGGAACAAAAUAACAACAAAAGCUUAACAGCAUACUGAAAAUACAUUUUCGUUUAUGAAUAAUCAUCGUAAAAUAUUGUUACAAUUGUAAAGUGUUUCAAAAGUAAUAUGAUUGAGUAAUUUUGAGUGCUGCUGUUGUUUUUGUUAUAUAUUUUUUGACGAUUGUGGAUUACUUUUAUAAAGUAUGAAAUGCUUGAGCUGAUGGAAUAGCCCAGAUGGAUGAGUGGAAAGUUAAUGCGUUAGCUUUUUAAUUGAAAGAUGGCUUUCAAGCUUCGUUCUUCCAAAUUUCGCCACAUUUAUGGAGAUGCGCAUCGCAAGGAGAAAUGUUUCGAGAACGUCAGGCUCACUCGCAAUGCUCACGACAGCAACUUCUGCGCAGUGAAUCCGAAAUUUCUUGCCGUGGUAACAGAAUCCGCAGGCGGUGGGGCGUUUGUUGUCUUACCUGUUACUAGGACAGGGCGGGUAGAUAUUGGGGCACCAAAGGUUUGCGGGCAUGCUGGGAAUGUACUAGACAUCAAGUGGAGUCCAUUCCGGGACAACAUCAUCGCCUCGUGCGCCGAAGACAAUACGGUGAAAGUGUGGGAGAUACCAGAUGGUGGGCUGUUGUCCAAUCUGUCGGACUGGCGGGUGGACCUGCACGGACACAGUCGCCGCAUAGGCUAUAUAGAGUGGCAUCCCACAGCAGAAAAUGUCAUCCUGAGUGCAGGUUUUGACUGCAAGUGUAUCAUAUGGAACAUAGAGACUGCAGAACCAGUCAACAUAGUAAGUUGUCACGAGGACCAGAUCCAGUCCAUUUCUUGGAACAGGGACGGUUCUCUGUUCGCCACAACGUGUAAGGAUAAGUUGCUGAGAAUCGUCGAUCCUCGUGUAGGGAAUUGUGUUUCUGAGGCCAAAGAUCUUUUCCAAGGUAUUCGACCUUCCAAGUGUGUCUUCCUGGGUGAUACAGGACGGGUUUUCUGUACCGGCUUUAACCGGACUGGGGAGCGAGAGAUAGCCCUGUGGGACAUUAGAAAUAUGUCUGCAGACCUCUUAAGACGCAGUCUAGACAGUUCUAACGGAAUUCUACUGCCUUAUUAUGACCAUGAUACAAAAAUUGUCUUUGUGGCAGGAAAGGGUGACGGCAACAUUCGCUACUUUGAGAUGACCCCUGAAAAUCCCUGUUGUCACUAUUUGAAUAACUACGCCUCCUCCUCUCCACAAAGAGGCCUGGGUGUGAUGCCCAAAAGAGGCUGUGACAUCAGCAAGUGUGAGGUUAUGCGAUUCUAUAAACUGCAUGCCGCCAGAAACUUUGUAGAGCCGAUAUCCAUGAUUGUUCCAAGAAAGUCUAACGUGUUCCAAGAUGACAUUUUCCCUCCCACCUCUAGUGCCAUUCCCUCCCUUAGUGCAGAUGAAUGGAUCAGCGGACAGAACAGAGACCCCAUACUGAUAUCUAUGCAGGAUCAGCGAGUGGUCAAUGACCCUUCUUACAUCCCAUCUAAUGCCAACAGGCCACAGGAUGAGACCAUUAACCAGAUGCCGAUGAUCACGACGUACCGGGCCCUUUCUGGUUCCCAGCAUAGAGGGUCAGGGGACACCCCACCGGUCAGUCGCUCAGAUAUCCAGAAGCUACCGGCGUCCAUUAAAAACAUCAAGAGGCUGAGCACAUGCGAAGAUAUCGUGACAUUGGAUCCAAAGUCCAGCAAGAUCGAUGCAAGCAAAGAGAAUACACGCCCUGACAUAGCUGAAACCCAUAAAGACAAGGAGAAGGCAUUUGUUAAUAGCAAGAUUGCUGCUUUUGAAAAAAACAAGGGCAAUGCCAGUACUGGUGUUGAAGUCACAUCACCUACCAGAAAGACCUUACAAAGGUCAUGUUCAUCCAAUCAGGAUCCUCCCCCAGAUGUGAUAGCCAAUGGCAUCAAAGGCUCUGGUGAUCAUCGUGGGCAGGGGAUUAGUGUGCAUAAUGCUGCAAAAUUCUUUGAGCACAAAGAGAUCGAGAUAAUCGACCUUAAACAUGCGCACAGUGAACAUGGUGUUCCAGCAGCAAAGGGGGAGCACUCUCCUCGAUCUGCAGGGGUAAAGGGAGAUCAGUAUAACAAAAGCUUAAAUCUGAAAUCUGCACAGGGGAGAUUGAUUCUAGGGGAGAUAAAUGAGGACCAGAGUAAAGUCAAUAUAGUACACAUUAAGAAAACCUGGUCUCCGGUAGCCCAACCUGAACACCCAACAUGGGACGAGGGUUCUCAGCCCCCUGAUACUGAUCCAGAAUUACGCAAGGCCUACUUCCAGCAAGUGAAGGAAAUCAAAGCGCUGAGAGAACAACUUGCACUAAAGGACAAACGAAUCCAUCAACUUGAAGAUGAAAUUGUUAAAUUUCGAGCAGGUUCAGGCCACGCUUCAGGAGCUGAUGAGAGUAACUGCUGAUAAUGGUGAGCCUUGUUCUGAGAAAAAUGGGCUUAAUGCAUGUGGGUAAAUUGUCAUCCAAGAUUAGCCUGUGCAGUCCGCACAGGCUAAUCAGGGACGACACUUUCCGCCUAAACUUGAUUUUCAGUUAGGAGGGUCUUUCUUGAAACUAAAAAUACCAUAAAAGUGGAAGGUGUCGUCCCUGAUUAGCCUGUGCUGACUGCACAGGCUAAUCUGGGACGACACUUUACGCACAUGCAUUAUGCCCAGUUUUUUCAGAACACGACUCAUGGUGGUCUUCAUGUUGUUACAUGAAUAUGAUUGGUAAUCACAGAUUGUCUCGAAUUUUAUUUGAAAAUAGUGUAAACAUGGUCUCUUGACCAGGGCUUACAUGCACAGAUCAUCGCUAUUUUCAGGUUUUGAAAAUUGAUCUGAAAUUGUAUCAUAAUUAGUUCAGAUUGAAUUCGUAUUUUACAGCCAUUUCACAAUUUGUAAUUUGAUCUGAAAUUUGCCCUUUGGAAAUCCUAGAUCAAAGCGGGAAUCAGUAAAAUACAAUUAUUUACAAGUUAAUGAACAUGGCAAAAUAUACACCACAUUGUAUUUAAGUUUAGUUUCUAAAUUAAGAUUUGUUUCUUCAAUGUGUUUUUAAAGUUGAAUUUAUUGAAAGCGGCAUAGUCUUAUACAGUUUAAUACAAUUUAAAUCAGGAAAGUUGCUUUAAAAAUCAAUUUGAAAGUAUACCCAUUGUUAAAAAUAUGAAAACAGACUCUUGGUCGUUUGAAAGUUCAUUAGAUGUUAUCUGUAAGACUGUUUUUAGGUUAGAAUACACUGUGAUAUAUCUAAAGGACUUUUUGUCUUGUAAUAGGUUACAUUAAAUAAUGCAUAGAAGGUAACCAUACACUUUUUGUCUCUUGACAAUACACUACAUGUAAUGACUAUGCUAUAUAGGUAGGACUGUUUUUCAGUUUGCACACUGUAUAUUAAUAUCAUUAAGACUGCGUAGUUGACAAAGAAUUGAAACAUUGUCUCUAAUCUCUUCACUUUUAUAUUGUAAAUGUGGUGCCACAGCAAUAGAUCUCGAGUGUUCUUAAGUGUUUACAGUAAUGUUCAAAUAGAAAGUUAUGCUGAUCUGAUAAACUGUUGUCAUGUGUUUUAUAUUGCUUUAUUUGCAUAUCUAAGUUUUAUGCUUGGACUUCAAACGGUAACCAACUAAGCUGGUCAAUAAAAUAAGUGUUGAAAGAUCAUUCCAAGUUCAAUAAAGAAUUUAAACAACACACUUUUUAUAGGAGGUUAUGAAAGCUAAGAAUCAUUCUUAAGAAUAUAAUUUCUUUCUUUCUAUUAACAAAUUCUGUGUUAUAAUAACUUAUAACAGUCACGAAAAUUUGGUUUUAUGUUCACUUGAAUGUUCAAUUUAGAUAGUCAAUGUAAUAAUUGUUAAUUAAUUUAUUGUUUUGAAUAUUCACUGCCACUACAUUUUUUAAGGUAGAGCUAAUUUGUUACAAAAGUGUUUAUAUUGUUGAUUUUUAUUUUAAUAAUUUGCCAUGAAGUCAAAUUGGCCAGUUUAAGUGUUCAAUAUUUUUCUAAAGACCAGACAGGGUUCAGGAAAAUAUGUUUUUCCACACUUUAUUCAAUUUUUGUUUUUGGAGAUUCAUAUGUUUUAGGACAUUCACUAAUUGGUUCAAAUGUUUUGUUUGUUUUUUGCCUGUUCAAAUUUAAUACGUUCUAUAACACAAUUGUUAUGUUGAAUAAUUUGUCUCAUACAUGAUGUGUUCAACAAAAUGUUAUUUCCAUAGUUGUGGUAAUAAGAAGUUAUACUUUUAAACUGGCUCAUUCAUGUAUGUGCAAACGGGAGGAAAACAGGAUUUUAGGUUACAAGGAUUGGAAAAUAGUUCAGAGCUUACUUAUAUUUGCUAUUUAAAUGAUUGAAUACAAUAUUGUUUAUAAAUAAUCAUUUGAACCAUGGGGCCCAUAUUUGUUCUUUCAGUACUUAUUGUAGAGCACAUUAGAGUUUUCACACAACAAAUAUGGGAAAAGCACUUAUUUUUUAGCCAUGGCCACUUGCUAAAGAACAUCCCUGAAUUUCAUUAUAAUAGUCUGUUAAUCAAUAAUAGUUAAAUAUUGUACAGCUUUUGGAAUAAAUUCACAAAAAUAAUAAUAUUCUUUACUUUCAUGACGUGAGCGACUCUUCUUUGCAAAAGAAUGUUAACAAUUCUUAAGUAGUUAAAAUGAAUUCAGACUUUGUUUAAGUGAACUUACCGGUAUUGCACUUCUGCUCCCUCAUCACCUCUUUAUGGUUACAGAAAUGCAUUGUCUUUAAAAUAUCAAUUUUGCUUUUCAGGUGAAUCACUUCGUUCAUAUCAGUUGUUAAUGUACAAAGUAUGAUUUUUAUUGACAGUGUUCUAAGAAAAUAACGUUUCAUUCUUUUAUCAUUUUAGCAAUAUUUACAUUUUUAACAAAACAUUAAAAAGAAUUUACAGGAGACUUAAGGAAUGAAUAAAAUUAACAAAAUAUCCUUUAGAUUUCACAAUGGUGCUUUGUGAAAUACAGAACAUGCUUUACUCUAGUGCUUUGUAGAAUUCAUGCCAUGCUUUGUUCUUUUUUUUUACUGUAGGCAACGUUUUCUUAAUGAGAAAUACAGACCCUGCUUCAUUCUUGUGACAUUUUUGUCUGAAGUUGAUAUCCCUUAGUUUGUUCGAAAAAUGCAUUCCUCGUGUUAGUUGUUGUUAACAUUCCUAAAAUAUUCGAUACAUUUCUAUUUUAUUUUAAUUAUUGUGAAAUCUUUUGUGUAAUGUCAAUUGUGUUUUACUUGAAUAUUUAAUUUAACCGUCCUGCAAUAUUUUGACCAAAGAAUUACCUACAUUUUUUGGCUAGAUUGAACUUUACUGGUACGCAGUUGUUUACCACUAUCGACAAAGCAGGGGUUUGGGGGCACUAAGGAAAUAUAUAGGAUAAAAAGGAUUAUAAGGUGUUGCGUUAGUUGUUAUGUGUUAGGUGUUAAGGGUUAGGGUUAUGGUUAGGGUACGCUGUUUGAUGUUAAGUGUUGCGUACCGGUAAAGUUCAAUCGUCCCCAUUUUUUUACGUUGCUGGAGCACAGGGUGCUUUGUGGUGAGCUUUCAUGAUCGCCUUUUGUCACUUGUGGGUAUUACAUUGUCUGUGAUGCGUCAUAGGUCCAUACAUUUAUAUUGUGAACACUCCGGAAGUCACAUUUAUUGCCCAAUCUUCAUGAAGUUGGUCUAAACAUUUGUCCAAAUAACAAAGUAGAGUUAAAAAUUUUGUCAUGCGGGGUCAAAAAAGUAAGAAGAAACUAAAUCAAAUUAAAGGAAAAGCUUGUGAAUACUAGAAGUCACACUUUUUGCCAAACCAUCAUGAAACUUCCUCAGCACAUUUGUGCGAUUUAUAUCACAAUUUAGUUUGAACUUAUGCAAUUUAAGUUUGAAAAACAUGGCCACCAGGAAGACGGGCAGUUUUUUUAUAUGGCUAUAGUGAAACCUUGUAAACAUAAUACAAGUCAUAGUUUGUGCACAAUCAUCAUGAAUGUCUUUCAGAACGCUUGUUCUAAUGCCAUCUAGAUCUGGUUUCAAAGUGGUUCCAGCCCGUAGAAAAACAUGGAUGUCAGGUGGCAAUGCUGUUUUCCAUAUAAUACCUCUAGUGAAACAGAAACAAUUUUAACUCUCCAAAGACCUUUUUUACCAAUCUUCAUGAAACCUUCUCAGAACAUUUGUUCUUAUGAUUUCUCAGGCGAGUUUGAAAAUGGUUCCAAUCUCUUUUUAAAAAAUGGCUGCUAGGGGUCAGGUUGGUUUCUUCCUUGUAUGGGUAUAUUGAAACUUUGUGAAUACUUAAACAAGAUUGCAUCUUAAUCAGAACAACUGUUCCUAUAAUAUAUCAGCCAAGUUCAAAAUGAUUCCCAAUAUACAUGUAUCACAAAGGUUCAUCAGAACAGUUCAGUUCCAUUGGAGCAGUUCAGUUCCAUUGGAGCAGUUCAGUUUCAUGGGAGCAGUUCAGUUCCAUUGGAGCAGUUCAGUUCCAUUGGAGGAGUUCAGUUCCAUUGGAGCAGUUCAGUUCCAUUGGAGCAGUUCAGUUCCAUUGGAGCAGUUCAGUUCCAUUGGAGGAGUUCAGUUCCAUUGGUGCUCAGGUGAGCGCUCUAAGGCCUUUGGUCCUCAUGUUUGUUUUGUUGGAGUUUUAUUACAUGUCCUUUGAGACUCAUCAUAUUUACAUGUUUUGUUUGUUUUAUUUACAUGGAACAUUCCUUUAAUCUAAGGGAAAGGUUUUCAUUACAUACGUUCAUGCACAUUAUUUAUUAUAUUGCUGUAUUUGAUUGUUCACUAUUCAAAAAUAAAA